AUGGAACGUGCGUGGCCUUCGGGGCCGCUGCCGCUGAAAACGCAGGCCAUUCGUUUCAUACCAGUGCUUUUAUUCUCUAUUUUUAUCCUCGCCUGUGCACUUCUGGUGACUAAUGAGCGGAUGCCAGACCCCAAGAUUGUUCGGCCACUGCCCGAUAUUCUUUUUGAGUUGUUUCCAAAAGUUGGAUGGCUGGAGAACAUGACGGAUGUCGGCAUAGGACUUCUUAACGCGCUUAGUAUACUGGUCUUGUUUAAGUUGUACCUGCUCCAUCGUCAGAGCGAGAGGCGCAAUGAAAUACAGCUUCCAUUUCAGAUUCCAUUUGUCAGCAGAUUCCUUUUUGGUGUGUGGGAAGGAAAGCAUGAUACUGGAAUUGAAAAGCGGGAUGUGCAUUUGAUUGCCUGGAUUCGCUUCGUGACAACGUACUUUACGGUCCUGCUGUUUCGUUCACUUGUUAUUGUCAUGACGUCAUAUCCCGCGACAGACAAUCACUGCCAGAACCCAGUAAAAAUCGAAAAUCCGGUUAAAAACGUGAUUCUGACGGUGGUAACGCUAGGUUCUGGGGCAAUUCACUGCGGGGAUCUAAUGUUCAGCGGUCAUACAGUCAACAUCACGCUUAGUGUCAUGCUGCAGUGGGUUUAUGGGCCCAUGUUGCACAUGAUAUUUCGGCCCCUGUCUGUUGUGUUGGUCCUUCUUAGUUUCUACUUUAUUAUUGCCUCCCGUUCUCACUACACCGACGAUAUUCUUGUGUCCUUCUAUGUGACGGCUGUGACAUUUGUGGCAAUGCGUCACUCACCAGAUGGGGCGCCGUGGCAACUGCAGCUUUUAAUCGGCUGGUGGCCGUGCUGCGGCUCAAGCGCGUCCACCGAGGCUGGGGAUGGAAACGCCGUCGUGGUGGCGGUUGAGGUGCUUUCAUCAUAUGAGGUGGGCCCGCCUACGGUGAGUGUGGGGAUACAAGAAACAAAGGCGGUUGAACCAACUCGGGCAAAUGCUGCAAUGUGA